AAAAGGGAACGGGGAGAGAAGAGAAGGCAUAUUUAUAUUAAGAAGGGGAGUGCGUGAGAGUGAAGCAAAAGAAAAAAGAAAAAGAGGUUUGCGGCGGCGAGUGAGUGGAAAGAUGGAUCCAGACGCGUUGGCAAAGGCAUUCGUUGAGCACUACUACACUACCUUUGACACCAACCGUUCCGGUCUCGCCAAUCUCUAUCAAGAAGGUUCUAUGCUUUCCUUCGAAGGUCAGAAGAUUCAAGGUUCUCAGAAUAUUGUCGCCAAACUCACCACUCUCCCUUUCCAGCAGUGCCAUCACUCCAUCACCACCGUUGAUUGUCAACCUUCUGGUGUCAACGCUGGCAUGCUCGUCUUCGUCAGUGGUAAUCUCCAGCUCGCCGGCGAACAACAUGCCCUUAAGUUCAGUCAGAUGUUUCAUUUGAUACCAACACCACAAGGAAGCUAUUAUGUGUUGAAUGACAUAUUCCGUCUGAAUUAUGCAUGAAGAAGAAGAUAGACUGUUGAAUGUAGAAGUUUGCCUGCAGCUGUUUUGCUUCAGACAUUUUUAAUUAAAAAUGGGUUCUUUUGUUUUGUGUUAAUUCUUAAUCGUGUGCCUCCUGUUUAGAAUUUUGUGUUUAAAACUCUUUGAAAGAAAAAUUGUUAAAGAUCAAUGAAUAUUGUGGGUUGAAAACUUCAAUGUAUGGGCUCCAAACAUCCCAUUCAAUUUACAUCUAAAAUUUGGUUUAUGCGUGUAUCAAUAUUUUUAUUAUGCUGGAGGAGUAUUUGAUUUUA